CACCGGUGCGCGAGGGCGACCGAGCCAUGCUGCGCCCGCAGCGGGUCCCGGGACCCCCGAGGGUGUCCACGUCUGGAGCCCGGCGUCCCCGGGAGCGUGCGGCAUGGGCCACGCGGGAGCGGCGGCGAUGAAGGCAGCGCGGGGAUAAGAUGAGCGGCCCACGGAAGCCGGUGCCCACGCAGCUCCGCCGCUCCAUCAGCGAGCACUUGCGCGACUCCACGACCCGAGCCUGGGAUCUGCUUUGGAGAAACGUCCGGGAGAGACGGCUGGCAGAAAUUGAGGCAAAGGAAGCAUGUGACUGGCUGCGCGCUGCUGGGUUCCCGCAAUACGCUCAGUUAUAUGAGGAUUCACAAUUUCCCAUCAACAUUGUGGCUGUCAAGAAUGAUCAUGAUUUUCUUGAAAAGGACCUCGUAGAACCUCUUUACAGACGACUAAAUACAUUGAAUAAGUGUGCCUCAAUGAAACUUGAUGUGAACUUCCAAAGGAAAAAGGGUGAAGAUUCAGAUGAAGAAGAUCUCUGUAUCAGUAACAAAUGGACAUUCCAAAGAACCAGCCGCCGGUGGUCUCGCGUGGAUGACCUCCAUAACCUGUAUCCUGGUGGCCAUAGAAAUGGGUCAUCAGGAGACAUUAGAAUGAGAAAUACAACCAGCAGUGAAAGUGUCCUAACGGAUCUGAGUGAGCCCGAGGUCUGUUCCAUUCACAGUGGCAGCAGUGGAGGCAGUGACAGCCGCAGCCAGCUGGGCAGCCACAGUGCAGGUCGAGAGGCAUUGGACAGCUCUGGUCAACACGGGGCAGACAGCCUGGUCAUGCUGGAUGCCACACUCCUCAGCAGUCUCCCACAAUCCUCCAAAGACAUUCAUUACCACCCAAAGAAUGAGAAACCCACUCGUGCAAGAGCCAAGUCAUUUCUGAAACGCAUGGAAACUCUCCGAGGGAAAGGUGCCCAUGGGAGGCAUAAGGUGGGGCGGACAGGUGGCUUGGUGAUCAGUGGGCCCAUGCUGCAACAGGAGCCAGAGUCCUUUAAGGCCAUGCAGUGCAUCCAGAUUCCUAAUGGAGAUCUCCAGAGCAUGGCCUCUGCUGCAAGCCAAAAAGGGCUGGCCUGUGCCAAUAAGUGGGGCAGUGAAAGCAGCCAAUCAGAAAACAGCAGUAGUGGCCUGGGUACAUCUGGCUUGAAGGAACACAAAUGCCAGGAGACCAACAAGCGUGGGGGCAUGUACUUAGAGGACCUUGAUGUGCUGGCAGGAACAGCACUCAGGAAUUCUGGUGACCAAAACCACACUUAUGAAUUUCAUUCUCAAGAGAACUUGGUUGUGCAUAUUCCCAAGGAUCACAAGCCAGGAACUUUCCCCAAGGCACUCUCUAUUGAAAGCCUCUCGCCAACAGACAAUGGUAAUGGCGUUAACUGGAGGACUGGUAGCCUCUCCCUGAGCAGACAGCAGGAUCCUGCCAGGGAUCCAAAUCUCAUGGCAUCCUGCCAUAGAGCCAGUCGGGUCAGUAUCUAUGACAAUGUUCCAGGCUCUCAUUUGUAUGCCAGCACUGGAGAUCUUUUGGACCUAGAGAAAGAUGAUCUCUUUCCCCACUUAGAUGACAUUCUGCACCAUGUUAAUGGACUUCAAGAGGUAGUGGAUGACUGGUCCAAAAACCUCUUGCCUGAACUGCAAGCACAUGAUGCACUGGUUAGAGGACCUGGCUUAUGCCCACUACCAUCUCCUAAUCAGAUCACCUUAGACUUUGAAGGUGCUUCUGUCUCUGAAGGUCGAACCACACCCAGUGAUGUGGAAAAAGAUGGAAACUCCCUUAAUGAAUCUGAGGCCACAGGUGUGAGAGAAAGGAGAGACUCUGGUGUUGGGGCCUCUCUGACCAGGCCCAACAGGCGCCUUCGUUGGAACAGUUUCCAACUCUCACACCAGCCCCAGCCAUCGACAGCAUCACCCCACAUCAGUAACCAGACCGCUGGUCAACUGAACCUGCUGCAGCGCUUCUCGCUACUCCGCCUGACAGCCAUCAUGGAAAAAUACUCAAUGUCCAAUAAACAUGGCUGGACAUGGUCAGUUCCAAAGUUCAUGAAGAGGAUGAAAGUUCCUGAUUACAAAGACAAGAUGGUCUUUGGCGUUCCUCUUAUAGUUCAUGUCCAGAGAACUGGACAGCCUCUGCCUCAAAGUAUUCAGCAAGCCCUGAGAUAUCUACGCAACAACUGCCUAGAUCAGGUGGGUCUUUUUCGAAAAUCGGGUGUGAAGUCUCGAAUCCAUGCAUUGCGUCAGAUGAAUGAGAACUUCCCUGAGAAUGUCAGCUAUGAAGACCAAUCUGCUUAUGAUGUAGCAGACAUGGUAAAACAGUUCUUCCGGGAUCUGCCAGAACCUCUUUUCACCAAUAAGCUCAGUGAUACUUUCCUCCAUAUCUAUCAAUAUGUUCCACAAGAGCAGAGGCUGCAGGCAGUACAGGCUGCCAUCCUGCUGCUGGCUGACGAGAGCAGGGAAGUUCUACAGACACUGCUGUGCUUCCUCCAUGAUGUGGUCAACUUGGUAGAGGAGAACCAGAUGACUCCCAUGAACCUGGCUGUGUGUCUAGCCCCUUCCCUGUUUCAUCUUAAUUUGUUGAAGAAAGAAAGCUCACCCAGAGUCAUACAGAAGAAAUAUGCCACUGGAAAGCCAGAUCAAAAGGACCUCAAUGAGAAUUUGGCUGCUGCUCAAGGACUAGCCCACAUGAUCAUGGAAUGCAACAGACUUUUUGAGGUACCACUUGAGAUGGUCACACAAUCCCAUAGCUCUUAUGUGGAGGCUGAGGUUCAUGCUCCAACUCUGGAUGAACUGGGAACACAGGUAGAAGACAGUGGAGCGUCUUUCCAUACUUACCUGGACCAGCUGGUCCAGAACCUUCAGAAGGAAGCCAAAGAGAAGUUCAAAGGAUGGGUGACUUGUUCCAGCACAGACAAUACAGAUCUUGCUUUCAAAAAGGUGGGAGAUGGGAAUCCUCUGAAGUUGUGGAAGGCUUCUGUAGAGGUGGAGGCCCCACCCUCGGUGGUUUUGAACCGUGUACUAAGAGAGCGCCACCUAUGGGAUGAGGAUUUUUUGCAGUGGAAGAUUGUGGAAACUCUGGACAGACAAACCGAAAUCUAUCAGUACGUGUUGAACAGCAUGGCCCCCCAUCCUUCCAGAGACUUUGUAGUACUCAGAUCCUGGAAGACAGAUUUGCCCAAAGGAAUGUGUACCCUGGUGUCUCUGUCUGUGGAACAUGAUGAUGCCCAGCUCUUGGGUGGCGUGCGAGCCAUGGUAAUGGAUUCUCAGUACUUAAUAGAACCAUGUGGCUCUGGCAAGUCAAGACUGACCCAUAUCUGUAGGAUAGACCUGAAAGGUCACUCCCCAGAAUGGUACAGCAAAGGAUUUGGACAUCUGUGUGCAGCGGAAGUGGCCAGAAUUAGAAACUCUUUUCAGCCCCUCAUUGCUGAGGGUCCCGAAACAAAAAUCUGAGUUUUCCCCAGUGUGACAUCAAACUCAGGGAAGAGGACGUGAAAGCAAGCACUUGUGGGAGAGUGUGUGCUCAGGAGAAAGCAAAAGCAGGAGAGUGCCAGACAUGAUCCAAGCUUAACAAUGAGAACACUGCCAAGUUGGAAAGUUGACCACAGAAGAAUUUAUGAGAACUUCCCUAGCCUUCCUGGAGAUGGCUGUAUCCCUAACUAAUAGAGUAUUUUUAAAAAUCAAAACAUUUAUCUAUAUUGCUAAAAAUUAAAUGGAUUAUUCCUUAAUAAUUCACGUUGCCUAAUUUGCUAUUUAAAGGCUUCUAAGAAGCAUAUUCAUAAUUGUAAAUAAAUAUAUGUAUA